AUGUCUUCGCACCCAUCGUCCAGCGACAACAUCACCCGCGCUAUCCCCGACAACACCCACGGUGAAAACCACGACGCCUCCACCCACCAGACCAAGAAAGAACAGGAACCCACCAUCCCACACAAUCCCGAAGAACAGAACACCGUCCCUCAGGACACCGUGGACAGAGAUGAGACCUCCAAGAUCCCCGAGAGCCACGAUACCACCGCAGACGCUAUGACCCACCCCACCUCGCCCAAGCCAAACAUGACACAAGUCAAUCCGGAUGAGACAAUCCAUCCUGCGUCUACCAACACCGACUCAACUCUCCCCGAGGAGAUCGAGGCCAGCAUCAACGCAGCCCGACGUACAAUGGAGACAUUCGACCAACGCCUCACCCACCUGGAAGCCGGGGUCGAGCAUCUGCAGCAGCAGCUCCAGGACCAAGCGGCGCGGACCCGGCAGCUGGAGGCCGACGUUCAUCGCCUGAUGCGUACCGCAGACAGUCAUCAGAUGAGCAUUCUGCAGAUCUACCGGCGCGUUGAAGAGUGGUAUUGGUUCCAGUAG